GCUAACGUCCCUACCUAGGCCCAGGUGCUCCUCGCUCGGCAUCUCUCGGCUUCUCUGCGCAUAGAAUGGAGGGGGCCCGGGCGGCGUCUGGGGGAGACCAAGCCGGGGUCGAGUUCCCAAUGGAGCCACUGGGAAGUCAGGUCCCGGAGCUGGAGCAACCGCAGGACCCCGCGGAGGAAAGACCUCCCGACAGUCCCGAGAGCAGCCCGAGUCUGGCUCCCGCCGUGAAGGAGGCGGCGGGCGCGAGCCAGGACAUGUCGGGCGGGAGGAAGCUGCCCUCCCCUCGCCCCGCUCCCCUGCGGCUGCUGCCACCCAGCCUGGGCUACGGCGCCUUCCGCCGCCAGGCAUCGACCGGCCCGGAGCCGCCGUCGCCGGGCCCCGCCGCGGCCGAGCAGCCCCGGGACGGCGAGACGCCGGGGGCCGAGCUGACGCCAAGGGCCGCGUCGGGAGAGCCGGCUCCGGGCGCCUGGGCCCCAGUGGAACUGCAGGUGGACGUGCGCGUGAAGCCCGUGGGCGCGGCCGGCGGCAGCCGCGCGCCCUCACCGGCGCCCUCCACGCGCUUCCUCACCGUCCCGGUGCCCGAGUCCCCGGCCUUCUCCCGCCACCCCUCCCCCGCGCAUCCGCUGCUGCGGCGGACCCCGUCCCCGGGAGGCACGUGGGGCUGUGGCACGCCGCUGGCCGCAGCCCGGGCGGAGCGCGGCCUCGACGCCGAGGGCUGGGCCGGUCCCGCCGAGGGGCGCGCGGAGUCGCCGUGCUCCCCCACGUGGCGCUGCCGCUGCAAGGAGGACGCCGCGCUGCUGCCCCACGCCGAGAUGGACGGCGACGAGAGGCUGCCCCGGGUGGUAAAGCUCAUAGGGCUGCCCAUGUAUAUGAGGUCCCUGCGCUGGGCCCUGGCAGUCAUGGCCGUGCUCCUGGCAGUGUCUGCGGUGGCCAUUGUGGCCCUGGCCUCGAAAGCAGGGGCCAGGUGCCGGCCGUGCCCCCAGGGCUGGAUGUGGUCCGAGGAGCACUGCUACUACCUCUCUGCCGAAGCUGAGGCCUGGGAGGCCAGCCAGGCUUUCUGCUCAGCCCACCAUGCUACCCUCCCCCUGCUGAGACACACCCAGGAUUUCCUGAGCAGAUACCCGGUCACCAAGUACUCCUGGGUGGGGGCCCGACGAGGCCCCCAGGGCUGGCACUGGAUCGACGGGACCCCCUUGCCGCCCCAGCUACUCCCCAAGGAAGACCAGGAUGAGCCGGAUCUCGACUGCGGGAGCCUGGAGGGAGGCAAGCUUGUGGCUUCAGACGGUGCCUCCCCCAGACCCUGGGUCUGCGCCAAGGGGACCAAGUGACUUGGAUUCUGCCUGCCCUGAGCCUGUUGGGGGCACUCGGCCCCUGCGGGAGGCCAGGUUGAGAGCUGGGACAGCCUCCUCCCUGGACCCAGUCCUCCAGGUCUCCGCACUCUGUGGUCAAUGGUCCUGCCUGAGCGAAAGGAGACCUUCUGCAGCCCUGAGGCUAAGCUCCCACUUGAGUCUCCAGCUGCUGAGGUGGAUUUGCUCUGUGAUCUUGUAGGUUUGUUUGUUUGUUUGUUUGCCUCUGUGCCUCAGUUUCUCCCUUGGCCAUUUCCCAUUCUCUCACUUACCUGCUUAGUCACAGGUGUGCACUCUUUCAAGCCUAGAGGAACAGAAAGUCUUCACGGUCACAGGUGAUCCCAGCCUGGGUUCUCACUGAGUCCAUGAAGUGUCUCCCAUCUCGUGGGAUUUGGCAGCAAUGACAUCAUUGCUAGAAAGGCCAUUUCCCAUCUGGAGGGCAGCGCACGAGAAGCAGCCGCCCCAGAGGAGAGAGGAAGGAGGGUCCUGUCCCUGCCUCGGGAGUUGGCAGAGAGUAAGGUUCUUUGUGGAGACUGGCGUGUGCGGCUGGCAGGGCCCUGACCAGCUGAUGCCCAAGGCUGGGAAGAUGCAGAGAGGACAGAGUCACCGGGGGCAGGAGGAGUCAAGGGGGCACCCCUUCUUGGCCAGUGGAGCCACCGCAAAGCUUGGGGUCCAAGUGAGCAAAGAAGUCAGGAAUGUGGGGAGGAGUGAGGCAGCUCCUCCUCCCCCCGCCGUGGGGACGGCAGCCUGAAAUGCCUCCGUGCUGAGGACCAGCGAAGGGCCUUCGGGGUGGAGGCAGUGGCAGCGAGGCGCGGGGACGGGUUUAGCCUGCAGCCUGGAGAGACUUCUCCAAGGGACAGACUGAACCUGCCCCUGCUCGUGUUGCCAACCAUGUGCAAACGAGCUUUGCUCUUCAAAGGCCGACCGGGUGUCCAGACUCCUCAGAAAAACCUGUGCUGGGCCAUUGAAACUAACCGACAGCUUGCACGGAGUAUAUGGCUGCCUGGGAGAAAGGGAUGGAACGCCCCAAGAGCACACCUGACAAGCAAUAAAAAUCUUAGAAACUCUGCUGUUUCUCAUGGCUUUCUUCUCAUUCUAGCUACAAAGCCCCAGAGCUUGAUGACAUGCCCAAGUUUAACUCACUUCAAAGCCCGUCUCAGUGAACGCCUGUGUCUGGUGUGUCAGGCUGGUGUAACGUCAGCAUCAGGGCCACUGGCUUGGGGCCCUCUGGGUUCAGUGCCAUUUAGAAUCACCUGUGGAGCUUAAACGAUCCAGGUGUUCAGGGUGGGUGGUGUGAUGCUGGGGCCUGGAAAUGUGAGGGUUUUUCAGUUUCGGUUGGUGAGGAAGGGGAGUGAGAGAGUGACCUUUGAUCUACCAAAGUAGGAAGCUCCUAGUUACUGUCCAAAGUUGGCAAACCAAGAAAUAGCAGUGUGCACUUAUUAUUUAGAAAUAUGGAGAUAAAUACUAGAAGAAAUGGCAAAAAUCAAUCAAAGUGGCUGCCUUAAAACUAAUUGAUGGUGACAGAAGUCAGGACAGUAGUUAUCGUGAUGGGGUGGGCGCAGUAUUAACUGCGCAGGCGUACCAGGGAGUAUUCAGGGGUGCUGGGAUGCUCUAGGUUUUGACCUGGGUGGGGUUGGGUACAUAUGUAAAAAUUCAAGCUGUACACCUAAGGUUAAAAAACUUAAAUGCCUGUCUCCAAGGAACAGGAGUGAGGCUACAGGGGAACUGAUGUUUUUCUUUUUCUUUUAACAUAUACAUCCUUUAGUACUAUUAAUGUAAAACCAUAUUCACUUUUUUGAAAAACCUGUAUUCAUGUAUCAAUACUACUUCGAUAAAAAGAGAAAUUAUAUUUUUUAAAAGCCUGGCUUGAGAACUAGUAGCUUCAGAAAGCAUUCCUGUGACCGCCUUUUCUUACAGCCUGUAAUUACUUCUUUCACUGAGGUACAUUUUCACAAGUUUCAGCCUCACCUUACCUUCAGAGUGUGUCUUUCCCUUUCUCCUAAAUGGAAGCUGGAAAAGUUACACAGCAGGUUGGUCUGCAUGGAAUUCCUCUGAGUAAUUUUUCUAGUCUCUUUUCCCACCAGGCACUGCCAACUGCUAUUGUUUGAAAUCCACACUAAUAACAUUGCCACCAGCACGGGCUUGUUUCAUGGAGCUUUGGAGAACAGCCUCUGACAUAGGCUGGCCCAGCAGCUCACAGCAGCCUCCGAGGUGCUGGUGUGGACACCUCGUUUGUGAAAGAGUCUCCUGUGUGGAGCACACAUGACUCAUGCUGAGAUUUGUGGGUGGGGGUGGGGUGUCAGGUUUUUACCCGCUUUCCUGAUGCUUCUGAUACAGAUGGUCCAGAAACCACAUUUUGAGAAACACUGUCUAAAAGAGCCCAUAUUGCUACCAGGAAAAAAAAAAUGUAUAUAUAUUUUGUCAACUUCAUUGAGGUAUAUAAUUUGCACAGAAGAAAACACACCCAUCUCAAGAAUAUCUUUUGACAACUAUAGAGGCACCCAUGUAACUAUUGCCAAUCAAGAUGUGGAGUAGUUCCAGCACUCAAGAAAGUUCCUUCGCUUGCCUUUGUGGUCAGUGCUCUCUUCUCCCUGACCUCCAGCCCCAGGCUAAUCUGUGUUCGGUGUUUAUAGAUUAAGUUUAGCUUGUUCUAGGAUUUUGAAUAAAAGAAUAGUAAUUACAUACUCUUUUGUGUCUGCUUCUUUAGCUUAGCACAAGGUUUUAAGGAUUGUUCAGGUUGCCGCAUGUAUUGGUAGUAGUUCCUUUCUUUGUAGGGAAAGAUCACAAUCUGUUUAUCUUCUCUGUUUAUUGUCUCCAGUUUGGGGCCAUUAUGAAUACAAUGCCAUUGGACAUUCGAAUACAAGUCUGUGUGUGGACAUAGGCUGCCAAUUUUCUUGAAUACCUGAGAGUAGGAUUGCUGAAUUGUAUGGUAAGGAUGUGUUCAAUUUGUAAGAAACCGCCAAACUGUUUUCCAAAGUAGCUGUACCACUUCACAGUUCCGCCAGCAAUGUACCAGAGUUCCAGUUGCUCCACAUUUUCAUCAGCGUUUGGUGUUGCCAGCCUUUUCACAUUUAGACAUUCUAGUGAAUGUGUAGUGGUAUCUCAGUGUGGUUUUCAUUUGCACUUUCUUGACAACUGAUGUUGACUUUUUCAUAUGCUCGUGGCCAUUCAUGUAUUUUCUUCUGUGAUUCUCAUACUGAUGGUCCAGAGAACUCUGCCUAAAAGACCCAUAAGCCCACCAGGACAGAGCAUCUUUAAAGUGAUGAUGUAAAUGGAAAAUCUAAGAUAUCCCCCAACUUUGUGAAAAUUUUCAAACUACAGAGUUGAAAAAAAUGACAUGACAAACAUCCACAUGCUCUCUACCCGGAUCUAACAACCAUUAACAUUUUGCCACAUUUACUCUGUCAGUAUAUUCAAAACUGUCGAACCGUUUGAAAAUGAGUUGCAGACACCAAGACACCUCACUCCUAAAGACUUCAGUAUGCAUGUCCUAGAAAUAAGGACAUUCUUCUACAUAAUUGCAAUUCCACCAUUACACCUAAUAAAGUUAAGUUCACAUUCAAUCUGUGCUCCGAGUUCCCUAGUUUCUCAACUAAUUUAAACAAAGAUUUAAUCAGGGUUUAAGUACUAUUAUGGGUUGUCUGGAACUUCUUUUCUGUAACAUUGACUUUUUGAAGAGACCAGGUCAGCUGUCAUGUAGAGUGACAGAUAUCCUGUAUGUGUCUCAUUUCCUGUAAACUGGAAUUAGGCUUAGAUUCAAUAUAAACAUUAAAAAAAUUGUUGUUGAAGUAUAGUUAAAAUGUGUUAAUUUCUGCUGUACAGCAAAGUGAUUCAGUUAUAUAUAUAUAUUUUACAAUGUAAACAUUUGCGAUUCACAUUUCACCACCUGAUGGAUUUUAACAUUGAUUUCAAGUAAUUUGCACCAAACUUUCUAAAAAAUAAA